AUGGCGCCUCUUGCGCUGCGGCCUGCGAACUCGCCCGAAGAUGCAAAGCACCCCGCCGACGCCGACGCCACUCUCGACGCCAACGGCAGCACGUCUACAGCCGCAGACGGAGACGUUGCCAUGGCCGACCAUGUAGACCAGUCGCUCCUCCGCGAGCAGAUGCGACAGCAGCAAGACGAGCGCGCCAAGCGACUCCAGGCCAAGAACAGGCGCAAGCGCUACCUCGAAGUCCAUCCCGAGUACUUUGCCGAUCCGUCGCUCGAGCUCGCCGACCCUCUGCUCUACGACCGCCUCAUCCGCCGUUUUCAGACCGCCGCCGAGCGCGAGGCUGAAGGCCGGAAGAAGGGCUUUUCCGGCCAAAUGGCGACCGACCUCUGGCGCGCCGAGGCAAAGAAGGAUGCCCUGUCGCAGCCAGACCCCAAUUCGCUUUUUACCUAUACACGCGGCCCGGACGGACAGAUAAUAGAAGAGGACAAGGACGAUAUACCCAUGAGCAAGGAAGAGGGCAAGGCCUGGUGGAUGGAUGAGAUGACACAGCGCUUCCUGCGAGGCGGAGACGACGACUUUGACUAUGCGAAGCUGGUCGAUGGCAAUCCCAAGUACGACGAUCCGGAGCAGGAGCGCGACCUGCAGGAUGCCUACUUUGAGAGCAUGGAGAGCGAUUUCGACUCGGAUGGAGAGGGAAAGGAAAAGGUCCUGACUGGCGAAACGGGCAUUCAGGAUUAUUGA